GGGGUGUCUUGUUACUUCUUUAAAUUAUUAUUUUGCAUCGAGGAAGCCAUGCGGUGAAGGAUGGAUGACAGACCGGUGGGUGUUAAUAGGAACUCAAAAUAUGAUUUAUUUUCCAAGGACCUUGGCCUGGCAAGAGAAUAUUGUCUAUUAGAAAUGUACAAGAACAAUGAAAUAAUUACAAAAAAUCAAAAAAAUGCUGUAUCUUCAUUGAAUGAAAAUUCUGCUUGUGAUGUUAACAUGAUGAAAAGAUAUGUUGGAGUGUUUAAUGAAUCUGACAGGUUUGAGGACGAAGAUUUGGAAAACCUACCUUUGGGAUCUGCCAAAUUGGUAGUGGAACAGAAUUUUGAACGGCAAGAUUCUCUCCAUUUGAAGGAAAUAAGAGCCAAGAGAAAUGUACCAGGCAAAAGGAAACCAAGAGCUGGAACUUUAUGUGAAAUAAAAUUACCAUCAGUUGAAAAUCUAGAUCAAACAACUGACAAGCUUUCUUCUAGACAUCUGUUACUUGCAAGUGAUAGUUACGGUACUGCGCAAACGCUGGAUGAAAGGAAAACGUUGAAACUCAACAAUCCAGCUAACCCUCGGCCUGGAUCACAGCAAGAGUCCAUUUGUCAAGAAGCAUCCUUUAAAGCAACAGAUGUGGAUGUGCCAAUUCCCGCACCUUUAGGAUCGGGCUUGCACUCUAAAGACCUAGCGUUAAAUGAUCGACUUCCUUGUAAGCCUGUUACUUGGGAAAGUGAAGGUUCUACGAUUGUUCCUUCCUUUCCAACAACACCUAGUGGUUGUGCUACCAUCAGCAGGAGUGAUUCAGAAAAUUGUGCAAACAGGUAUUGGGAUUACUUGAUGAAUAUGGACGAAGAACAGUCCAACUCCCGUGUGACAAAAACAUCUUCCCCUUCACUGGAUACCUUAAUGGAUGCUGGAGGCAACUGGGAAAUGACAGAAGAAAUGUUUAACUUGAAUUCAGCAGGAAAGUCCUCUGCGGGGAGAAAAAGAUUCUCACGAAGAGCAUCUUCUGUUGGAGCCCGAGGAUCCCCAGAGACCAACAGUCUUAUUUGCUAUAUUGCCAAACAAAAGAUGCAGGAAUCUCAGAGAGUUUCAGUGCUGAAGAGUAAGAUUACAGCAUUCAUGGACACAUUUCAAGCUGCAGAGCAGGAUGCGAACAAAUCUUCAACAGCAGAGCUCCCAAAUCUCCCAGGUUUAUCCCAAACAAGUUCAAAGGAGCAAAAGUCUAUUCUGUCUACGAGCUGCAGUAAACCACAACAGAAGAAAAAAGUGACCUUUGGUGAAGCGUUGAGUCCUGAGCUGUUUGAUGAAAGGUUACCAUCCAAUACCCCUUUACGUAAAGGGGAAUCACCAGCACACCAGAGGUUAACUUUUGGCGAUAGCCCUCCAUCUGUUCUGAAACAAAGGUCAAAAGCCCAAAUUGUUUUCGAAGAGGAAAAGAGCGCUUCCACUGAUGUGGCUUGCAAUGGAUGCAGCCCUGUGAAUGACCAUGGUGAUAGCAUAUCAAUUAAACUGCAAACAAAAUUGGAAGAUGACAUAGAAAUUAGUGCUACUGGAACACAGAAUGAUGAUGAAGACAGAUGCUGCCCAAUAGCCAUCGAUUUUGAAAUCGAAUCUCCACGAUCAGAAUGUAACGUUGGACCAGAUAAUCUGAAGAGCUGUGAUAAAAGCGAUGAAUAUCUUUGUGAGGUUUUGGAAAUGAAAAUUCAAGAAAUGAAUGAAAUUGCACCACUUGCAAUCAGUCCUUCUGGGUGCCCUGAGGAAGGGAGUAAUACUGCGAAGGGCAGAAAUCUUAUCAAAAAGAAAGAUGAUUGUAUUAGAAAGAAAUUGUUGAAAAUAAAACCAGAGCCUGAUAAAAAAAUUACAACAGUGAAUAAGCUGAAAAUUUCUGAAAUAGAAAGAGAAUCAGAAAUUGAAUCUGACAUGGACCAUAUACCCAGUGAAGUAUCAAAAUCAGGCGAUGGAUUCCUUGAUCAAAACAACACUGAUCUCUCCAUCAAUGAUGUACAAACCAAUUCUACAGGAGAGACAUGCUCCAAAAUACACAACCUUUCUGAACAGACAGCUGAAAAUGAAGACAAAAAAGUAUGCAGUGAAGCACUUGAUGCUGACGUAAGCGCUAACCCAACCAUAAAGCCAAAGGAAAAGGUAAAAACUAAAAAGAUAGAACAAGAAUCCAAGAAAGAAGAACCCCGCAGAUCUACUAGGAUCAAGAACAGUGCAAAUAAUAUUUCAAAGGGCUCAACCACAGCGACUAAAGAGAAAUAUAGACAGAAGUUCAAGAAGGACCUAUAUGGAAAACGUGAAUAUGCUUCGAAGAAACCUUUACUGAGCCCAAUUGCAGAAAUUUUGGAUAUCUGGUCUGAAUCAGCAGAUCUAUCUGAUAGUGAUGAAAUGUCAACAUGUGAACCUUCAAGGAGAACCAGUCUGGUUUAUCUUGAAGGUAUUGAUGUCGGAAGAAAAAAUAGUCGGUGCAUGACCACACCUGAGUGUAUUACUGAUAGAUGUGCUCCUGCUUCUCUUACCGAGUUAGUUGGGCAAAGAGCACGGGGACGCGGAAGACCAAGGAAGAGACCAGUGCACUGCAUCGAGGAGGAACAGAAUAAUCAGUCAGAUUCUGAAAGUAAAACUCUGAAAGGGAACACUGGAGUUUGUCGGUUUGUGCCCAAGAAAUCAAACCAGUCUAAUUAUAGUCUCAAAAGUGGCAGUGGUCCAUCACCCUCUCUGUGCGAAGGUAAAAAAGACAUUGCGUUUGAAGUAAAAGAACUGAAAAUUUCAAGGGUUGAUAAUGUCACCAAAGAUAGGAAACCCACAAAUGCAAGAAGGAAAUCUUCAAUAAAGAUUAAAAACAAAUAUUUCUCCAAAGAACCUUCUCCGGAGACUUGUCGGCAGGGAAUGGCAUGCGUGCAAAAUCUAUCUGCAGGACAGUGUGUAACGGAAGCUGGACUUGAAGAAUAUUCUGAACAAGUUCAUGCUGAUGAUUACAAUGGAGUAGGUUCUUUACUGGAAUCUGGAUCAAACAUUCUUGAAGAUUUCAAUGUUCACCAGCUAACUGACCCAAGUGAAACACAGGAAUUGACUCCUGUCAGUGCAUCUACUACACCUGAAAAGUCUCAAGUAACCAUAAGUGAACCAGUGGCAAAUGGUAUAACUGUUCUUGAGGAAAAGGACCUCUGUAUUUUCCUUCCAGAUGCUCAAGAGGUAUUUCUAAGUAGACCCAGCCACAGGCGAAGCAAGUUAUUCAGUGCAGCAGAUCUGCCAUGUAUGACGGAAUCAGAACAGGCCCUAGAGGGUAAAGGACAUUGUGUCAUUGAUACAGGAGAUAAAUAUGAAGACAAAGGCCAGAACCUCUCUGGAAGAGUAGAGGGAGAUUCUUGUAACAUGAUUCCUGAAUCUACUUACCCCAAUCAACAAAUGUUCACUGAUGGGGUAGGUGAAUACCACAAAACGACUAAUUGUGAACCUCUGUUUUUCAGUUUUGACCUUUGUUUGGAGCAGAAAGACUCUAAUAUUUUUGAAGCAGCCAAACAGUUUGAAACCGGCAUAAAAUGUUCUGAUGGUUUCCUUCAAAAUGCAAAACCUGUAAAGAAGAAGGUGAGGCGUAGUGCCCGACUUUCUGGCUGCAUGAAUAAAGAAGGACUGACUUGGGUAGAUGUACAAAGUCCUGGACACUUGCAGGAAAGAAACGGGACUGCUGGAUUGAGCAGAAGAUCAUUGGGGCUCAUUGAAUCAGAGAGUAAAUUGCCGAGUGCAGAAGAUGUUGCGAGCAAAACUGCAUCCCAGGCAAGUAUAAGGAUACUCUAUCGAAGAUCACUGUCCUGUAACAGAGAGAAAGUACUUAAGUUGGAAGAACCUCGCCCGAAGAGCAUUAUAUUGGACUGAAGUUAUUUUAAAGAACAGUGCAGGUAUUUUAGUUUACCUGAACAAAAUAGUUCUUUUACUAGGCCAUUAUGAUAAAUAUGUGAAAUGUUUAUAUUGUGUCCAUAUAUACUUGAAAAAUGCCCAGCAAUAUAGUUUUAUAUAUAUGAUAUAUAUAUAUAUGUCAUGUCUAAAGCCAGUAUUGCUGUUUCUACGAAGUAUGAAUAGCCAUAUGUGUGUGAAAUACAGUGAGUUUAUUUAAGGGGCGAAAUCUGAACUGUGCACGAAGGUGCAGGUUACCUUAAACUGCUCUUCCACAACUGAAUACAGUUUCACUUGGCCACAUCCCAUGUGAAAAUCAAUUAACCAGCAGGAAAGUAAUAAUCUUAAAAUUGCCUAAGCAAUGUAAUUCUAUGAUUGUGCUGGCAAAUUAAAACAUAUAAAUUAAAUUUUUUGGAGUUCUUCACGAACAGUGCAAUAAAUGGGAGUUACGUGCUUGAAGCAUGUCUGAAUCGUGUACGUUAGUUUUCCCAUUGGUUGCUUAAUGUGUGAAGCUAACUUAUAUGGUGGCAGGUCAAGUUGAAAAGUGAAAUACAAAUUCGUUACUUGUUCAAACUUAAAGUGGAAUUUUAAACCGUCGGCGUGGGCCUUUUCUCUAUUGGCUCCUGUUAUGACCGAGGUCAUCUUUAAUAGUGGCGUCUCUAGAAUAACUGAGAUCAGCUAAUGACAAGGAGCAGAAAUUAAAUCAGAUAUGCUAUGUUCUCUAUAGCCGAAGGAAAAGCCUUGAUUUUGGGCGUGAAGGCCUUUGGGGAGUUGUUAAUUUGAAUUAACCAUCUAAUGUUAUUAUCCAACUUAUUUUGAUCCAAAUGCAAUUCUUUGGCUCUUUAAGAAAUUGAAAUAGUGAGAUAAUUAUGUGUAGCAGGAAUAUCCUGAUGACAAUUUAAAAAAGAUGUAUCAAAAUGAGACAACUGGAAGUGAUAAGUCCGCUUAGGAUAUUUAUAAAAGUUCUUUACAUAUUCUUUGCCAAUUUAAAAAAUAUAAAAGUUGCUGAAUUAUAACACUGGUAGGUGGACACCUAUGUAUUGAAAUUUGAAGAUUUUAUUUGUUUGGCUCUAUUGUACACCAAUUUUGGGAUGCAUCUUUUGUUGUAGAAGCUGAUAAAAAAAUAUUAUUUGUAUUUUUAUGUGAACCACUUUUGCUUACUCUUAUUUUCAUUUGAAGAAAAAUCA